ACAGGUCAUCAGAGUGCCGUCUACAGUGAAGGAGAAAUGAAAACUAAAGCUUGUCGCCGAGAGUCUCUCUGACUAUUACUGAAAAUUUGAUUUGCUUCUGUUGAUUCUGCAUUACACAGCAGUUAGACGAUCAAAGGAUGUAGCUAUAUUUAACAGUCAUUUACGCCUUGAAGCCUUUCCAGUCGAGCCGGAUAAUGCUUAAAACGAAGCUGCCCAUGAGAACCGCGGAGGCAGGAGAUGAUACGGCCGAGGAACAGCCGGAUCUCCAUAUUCCCAGAUCGGUCUCUCCCACGAUCUCGGACAGGCUCGAAGAUUCAUCCAGACACCCAGGAUAUCCAUCUCAAUUGGACAAAGAGACCGUUUUCGAGUGGUUUGGUUUACAUCUAAAUCCUGCCAAGCGGAUCGAGUUAAUGUGCGGACUGCUGCAUAUGUGCCAGCCGCUCGAACUCCGGUUUUUGGGCUCCUGUCUGGAAGACUUGGCACGGAAAGAUUACCCAAUUCUACGGGAUGUCGAGAUCAGGGCGAACUGUCCGAAUGAUUUGGGCAUUUUAUCUGAUGUUAUCGACCCGGUGGUGCGCUCCAAACUGCUGGUCUGCUUAUCUCUUCUGCGAUCUGACAGCAGGGAGUGUGCGGGAAUACUAUUUCAGAUAUUGAACCAUACGGAUCCGUCCUUGUUCUACAAAAACUAUCCCGGUUAUUCUGUUUCUCCCUUCAGGGACCCGUUCCAUCCUUCGCGUGUGGACGGGAAAACGUUCAGGAGAACAGAGCAUAUUUGCGGGCGUCCAAUAGAGGAAGCAGUCGGACCCUUGGAGCAGUUUGCGUUGCUUUUUACUAUGGCUUCGUUGCAUCCAGCGUUUCCUUUUCAUCAAAGAGAAACCCUUCUAGUGCAUCUAGACAAAAUCAAAUUUGCCACAGAGGAUAGACAGCAGAAUCCGUACAGAAUAAACACCCAGGCCCAGGAAGCAGAGUACCUGGGCCCAGCUGCCGUCACCACUGAAGCCAGUCUGGAUGAGAGGACGCAGGGGCAGAGACUGUGUGCCAGCCAGACACCCCCCAGCUGCAGGACCCAGAGGGAAGCUGUACAUAUAGAGAAGAUUGUACUGAAGGGGAUGUCACAGAGCAGGACAGACAGGGAAUACAAUUUUGAGGUGAAGUGGUCUGACUUCUCAUCCAGCAAUGUCAGGAAAACACAGCUUGAACUGGAGAGCUUCUUGUUGAAGCUUCCCAAGGAGCAGUCCACAGAGUCAUUUGAGAAGGGCAUCCUCCGGCUGCUCAACCAGGGAGACAAGUACGAGAGCAGGGGGGUGGAGAGGAACCUCAAGGAGAAGUUUCUGUCGGCUCCACAAGCUUUCCGACGGACGAGGAAGGUCUGUGGCUUCUUCCUGUGUGAGUCCUCCUCUUCCUCCUCAUGCAACUGCAGCAGAUGUAACCCUGCAGCUCUGGGGAAGUCCUUCAAGGAGGACGGUUCUGAGGCAUCCAGCCAAGAGGAAGUUGUGUAUUUGGAUCCGUACGUUCUGGGACACCGAAAGAAACAUGUCAGCAAUAGACCCUGCCAUAGCAUUCCCGAUGCCAAAAGUUCCCAGGGAGAGAGCGUUCCAAAGGGGUCACACAGCCUGCCUGACUGGACGAGGAAGACCCGCACGCUUCAACUCGACCAGGAGGCCUCUGGGGGCCAGGAGCAGCAUCAGGGCAGUGAGAAGAGGGGCAACCACCCUGCCAGCAUGAGGCAGCCACUGGGACCAGACAGGGAAAAGAGGAAGAAAGCAUACUUGGCGGCGAAUGGGAGCAUGGUGCCACCAGCCUCUCAGCGAGCGCGACAGUCGACAGGGAAAGACGGAGACUCCAGUCAGGAGGUAUACGGCGAAACCUCGUCUGAGAGCUACAGCUCGGCCUUCAGCCCCCAGCACCACGAACCAGAGAGCCUGGACAGUGAGGACGAAAAGGAUAAAGAUACGGACAGUACCCAGGGCCCAGCGGACUCCUUCUUCCCCUGCCAGGAGGUUGCAGGUGGGGCAAUGCCCACCAUCCACCACCUGGUCUCUGCCAAGCCUGUUGGGGAGCCCCCCAGCCUUGACUAUCCCCCAAACACCUUCAUGCACCCCAUGCCCUGCAUAUUGCCCAACGGUGCACUACCUGCCGAUGCCCCUCUGCCAGUCAUGCCCCCCCACCAGGUGGCAGCUGCCCUGGUAGACAACAAGGUGGUCGGAGGGCUGAUCAUGCAGGUGCCCUUGGUCCUCCGAGAGCCUACGUCCACCACCGUGCCAGUUCCCUUGCCAGGGGAUCCAGAGCAGAUACCCAUGGUACUCCCAGGGUUUGGCUCCCUAGCCCUGGGCUUACACUCCCCUGGCAGCCCUGCCCUGCAGCCCCCAGUCCAGCACUUCAAGACAGCCCCUCCACAGACCACUGCCAGCUCUGAGGGUGUCACCACCCUCCCUGCCCACCAGCCCCUGGUGGAAGCUAUAAGUGUCAUCACCCCUGGUCCGCCCUAUGCCUCACCCCUGCAGCCUGCCUACUCCAACCCAGACCCUGCCGCCCCCCUAACCCCAUCCGUACCCCUGGGGGACCUUAGCAUCCCUCACAUCAAGCACCCAGAUGUGUCCCUUUUCUCGGGCCUGCCCUCCCUGUACACUAUGGCCCCCAUCCCCACUUCCGUCAUGGCCACACUAGGGGUAGCGCCUUCCCCUGGACAGGUUCAGGCGGUGGUGCCCCCGUCCGUACCCACCCACAUCCCCGGCCCAGCGCCCGGCUCAACCCAGACCGACUCCACCUCCUACGUCAACAGCACCAGUAACUCCGUCGCCCAGCAACAGGCGCAACCACAACAACAACAGCAGCAGCAGACAACUCACCAGGAACCGGCCAUGUGCUGCGGGGCGUGCGGUUGCCGAGGCGGCUGCGGCAACAGCCGUACAGCGCCAUCGUUUUUCUUUCCCCACCAGAUGGCGCCACGGCAGGUGUUUGGUGCGCCGCCCAUCUUCCAGCUCACGUCCCUGUGCGCCAGCAACUACCUCAACCAGCCGCCCCCGCAAAGCAACGGCCAGGCCCAGCUAACAUUCUUCCCCCCCGCCCCUUACGCUGGCCAGACCCUGCUGCACACCCAUCCUGACCAUGUACUGGGCACCCAGCUAGGCUAUAGCCUCCAACAGAUGGUGUCGCCCUUCAACCGUUUCUACCCGCACAUGUACCCCUCCAGCGUGGGUAUGGUGCCCAGUUCGGGAGGCGGCGGAGGGGCCCUGGGGGGAGCGGUUGGCGUCAACAAGAACAACGGCAAUGUCUCCUGCUACAACUGUGGGGUCAGUGGGCACUACGCACAGGACUGCAAACAGCCCUCUGUUGAUUCAUCACAGCAAGGCAGCUUUCGGCUGAAGUACGCCGCCUCCCACUCUUCAGAAGGACUAGACAACGCCAGCUGAACACGUCUUUUCGUUCCGUCAUCUGGUUCCUUGUCACGAGCGGUCCAAGAGAACCCUCCGUUUCAAGAGGGUUUCACUCUGAUGUUUCUCAGUCAUUGUCAUUGUUGGUUUGACCUUUUUAAAGAGCGUGUGUGAGGAAGGUCCUGAGUACUUGUGGCGGAGACAUCCUCUACGUCCCGUCACAGCUGAGAGUGAAGCUGUCUUGUUUCCAUAGAGACGCACCCCCCCCACUGAUCCCUUAGAGGCUUUUGGUAUUUUGCACUGAAAACUGGCACAAGACAGCAAGCAGCUCGUGUUCACUAACUUGUUUUUGAUAUUAGAGUGUGGGAGCUUGGGAAAUGACACCACGUCUCUUAGAGUAUGGGAGCUUGGGAAAUGACACCACGUCUCUUAGAGUAUGGGAGCUUGGUAAAUGACACCACAUCUCUUAGAGUGUGUGAGCUUGGGAAAUGACACCACGUCUCUUAGAGUGUGGGAGCUUGGGAAAAUGACAACACGUCUCUUAGAGUAUGGAAGCUUGGGAAAAUGACACCACGUCUCUUAGAGUAUGGGAGCUUGGGAAAAUGACACCACGUAUCUUAGAGUAUGGGAGCUUGGGAAAUGACACCACGUAUCUUUAGAGUAUGGGAGCUU